CACAGAAGAGAUUAAGGCAAGAUUGGAAAAGCCAGAUCCAUAUUCACUAAAAUGAAGAGAGUGUUUUCUGCGGAAGAGAUUUGAGCCUUGAAAUAAAACUUCGCCUGAUGAGAUAUUACUUACAUUCUGUGCUGUUAUACGGAAUGGAGUCAUGGACGUUGAAAAAGAUUGAUAUCAAAAAAUUAGAGGCAUUUGAACUGUGGAUGUAUCGUAGAAUACUGAGAAUAUCAUGGACCGAGAAAGUCACAAAUGUCGAGGUCUUGAGAAGAAUGAAUAAAGAAAAGGAAGUCAUAUUUACGAUCCAAAAACGAAAACUGCAAUACUUGGGACACAUUACAAGAGGCGAAAGAUAUGAACUGCUUCAAAUAAUUAUGCAAGGGAAAAUAGCAGGAAAAAGGUCCAUAGCAAGAAGACGAAACUCCUGGCUAAAGAAUCUACGGGAAUGGUAUAGCUGUAGCAACAACAAAUUUUUUCGUUCAGCAGUUUCGAAAAUACGUAUA